AUGAGAGGAGAGCCGGCUGGCCGCGGAAGGUACUCCAGCCUCCCGGCCCUGGCCAUCAAAACACUGCAGCAGGAGUUGGAAAACGUGGAAACAGUCGGCAGCUGGCUCGAAGAGGUCUUUGCAGCCAAGCUCGAAAGUUUACAGGCCCCGGAGGACGCCGCGCUUAGGAGAAUUGUUCUUGAACUUGACGACGUGAUCAGCGGCUGGUUCCUCAGUCGCACCCUCCCUGAAAAAGAGCGUUCGCGCUCCCCGUCGCGUUCGCCGACCAGUUCCAGCGAAAGGCGCAGCAUUUUAAUUACGAGGACGGGCACGGCGUCGUCGGCCUCUAAAGGCAGAGGCACGCCCACUAACAAAUCGGUCACAUGGGCCGAGCGAGCCGCCACGCCACCAGCGGCGGCCCCAACGCGAAUCUUAACCCCGGCCACGCGCUCGUACCCGAUACGUACGACGCCCGGCAAUGCACCUGACAGCUCCGCAACUCCCUCCCAAUCGGGCCGGGACCGCUCCCAAGCCCCGAAACGUUUGACAGAACAGCCGUCCAACCGCAUCCUGAUCCGCGUAAAUGACAAAUUGCGGAUGGUGACGAGGGAGCCAUACGCGGUAACGACCAAACUGGCCGAAUUGGUCUCGGUGCCACACAGUGAAAUCCCAAACGCCAAGCGUACCCCCACGGGCUGGGGUGUUACGGUGGCCUCUGAGGAAACACGGCAAAAACUCCUCAACCCCAGCGCGGUCAAGGCCAUUAUGGACGCAUUGGACGCGCGGGAAGUCACUGUCCCGACAACCUGGCACACAUACGCCGUCUCUGGAGUGCCCCGAACGCUCAAUUGCCUGGACGGAAGAAAGGACGUACAUGAGGUAAUCCAGGAGGAGAUUACCGUGGCAGCAGGCCAGCAGCCAGUCAACUGGCAUAUUUCCAAACAUGGUUACGACCCACAUACGGCUGAGGGCACGUGGAUAGUGUCCUUCCUUCAACCCGUAAAGCCCUUUCAGCUUUUUGGAGUGUCGAAACGUGCGCGGAAGGUUGAAAAAUCACGCAAAAUUACACACCACCACGACGGUUGCCAGGGAUAUUGCGAAAUACGUCGCUGCAAUCGGACGUGCCAACCGUGCCGCGAUUAUCAACGACCGGGCUGA